AUGAAAGUUGAGAUGGAUGCUUUGAAAGAACUGUACAUGGGAGUUAGUACCAUUGCCACAUGGAAAGAAGACAGUUGGUUGUUGUUUGAUGUAAAUAAUGCUUUCUUGCAUGGUGAUUUGCAUGAAGAAGUUUAUAUGGAUGUACCUUAUGGAGAUAGUACUUCUACUGGAGAACAGGUCAAAUCUAGAGGCUGGCAGAAAGGUGGAGAUGUUGCGUCUCUGAGUGCCAAUGGUGGUGGUUCUAGACUUCGAGCAGCACCAGGAGUUGUUGAGGAGGGUACUGUGAUGGAAGAAGAUCCUCUAGAUGCUGGGUUAGAAAUUUCUAUGUCUUCGGAUAAUAUGGAAGAAGACUUACAAUCUAAUCACCCAUCUACUGUCAUUGAAAGCCUUGCUGCCAACCGCCCUUCUUCUAGUGAUUGUUCUACUGAGUUCCUCUCCUUACUGACAAAAUCUUUUGAAAAUAGAGACGACCUUGUCACUAUUAUUCAUAAGAUUGGGUCGCAGCAUGGGUAUGCUAUGAUUCUUUCUUCCCUUCGACAAAAAAAUCCCAAUCUUCUUGCUGUUUCCAAAACUGUAUACAACAAGACAGCUAAAUAUAGGAGGGAGAUCCUAGGUGGACGUUCAGUUAUUCAAGCAUUAUUAGAUGAGCUUGGUAAUGCUGGUUUUAUUCAUAACUUGAAAUGUGAUGAUUCUGGUCAUUUGACACAUUUGUUCUUUGCUCAUCCCACUUCCAUUGAGUUGACUAAAAAUUUCUCUAAUGUCUUUGUGAUGGAUUGUACUUAUAAGACAAAUAAGUACAAGAUGCCAUUACUUGAGAUCGUAGGAGUGUCGAGCUUCAACACUUCAUUCUACUCUUGUUUUGUUUUCAUGCAAAAAGAGGAAACACAAGAUUAUAUAUGGGCUCUUGAGAUGUUCAACAAGUUGAUGGGAGAUGGUAAUCAUCCAUUGGCGAUUGUAACUGAUAGGGAGUUAGCAUUAAUGAAAGCAAUACAAAUUGUGUUUCCAAUGACUCCUAAUCUUUUGUGCAUAUGGCAUAUUGAAAAAAAUAUUCUUGCAAAUUGUAGGGGUAUGUUUAAGGAUGAUGCAGAUUGGGAUGCUUUUAUGUCUUCUUGGAUUGCCCUGAUAAGGUCUUGGGAUGUGUCAACGUUUAAUGAAGCUUGGAACCAUUUUAAGAUUGAGUACAAAGACUAUGCUUCGGUUGUGUCUUACAUUGACAACACUUGGCUUCCAUGGAAAGAGAUGUUUGUGUUUGCAUGGACAGGGCAGAUUAUGCAUUUUGGUAAUGGUGUGACUUCUAGAGUUGAAGGUGCACAUGGUACCUUGAAGAAAUAUCUUCAAGUGUCUACUGGUGGUCUCCGGGAAGUGAAAGAAAAUAUUUGUCUUGUUAUUCAGAAUCAGUUUCAAGAAAUUAAAACUCAACUUGAGAGUGAAAAGAUCCGUGUUUCCGAAAAGCUUGUCAUCCCUUUUUUCAAAUAG